CGGAAAUUCUUUAUGGGAAAAAUCAAAAUUAGACCCUGGGUACGCGCUCACGUUCGGAAGUAACUACAUACACUCUGAAGAUGUCAAUCGGUGUGCCCAUCAAAGUCCUCCAUGAAGCAGAGGGACACAUUGUCACUUGUGAAACCAACACUGGGGAGGUGUAUCGGGGUAAACUUAUUGAGGCAGAGGAUAACAUGAAUUGCCAGAUGGCAAAUAUCACUGUGACAUACAGGGAUGGCCGUGUGGCCCAACUAGAGCAGGUCUACAUCCGUGGUAGUAAAAUAAGGUUCCUUAUCCUGCCUGACAUGUUGAAAAAUGCUCCUAUGUUGAAGAGUAUGAAGAACAAAAACCAAGCAGCUGGAGCUGGCCGAGGCAAAGCAGCCAUUCUCAAAGCGCAAGUGGCUGCCAGGGGUCGCGGACGAGGAGGACCUGGCAGAGGGAAUAUAUUCCAAAAGAGAAGAUAAAUGUUUUCAGAAUUUUUUUAUAACAGUAUUUUUCUCUCUAUAUAUAUAUUUUUCAAUAUUUUUCAAAUCAACUGCAUUUUGAUUUCCUGUCACAGAAAUAAAGCUUUGCGAUAUUGUAAGGUU